AUGCUGCUCUUGUCCAGCACGCCAGCUCUCAGCCAGCCGGCACCAGCCUGCUCCCUUCUUACCAACAUUCUCCAAGUCUUACAUUGUUCAACAUGAUGUUCCUGGUGGUGGUGGUGGUGGUGGCGGUGGCUGGCGCCGGCGGGACGGGCGCCGCGCCUGUGCCAGAGUUCUCACAUAUACUCAACGGCACUUGUCUCAACCCUCGCACCCAGCCUUCACUCAACUAUCAAAAGUUUUCAGGACGGUGGGUGGAGGCGGCGUCCAAGCCAAACCUGUUCCGUACGGCCCGUCAGUGUGCCACUGUCCAUUUCACAGUCACAGACGAGAGUGUGAGGCGAGUGACCGCGGGCGUGGACGGGCGGGAGAAGGCGUCUAGCGUCACCACCCUCCUACACCCACAACACGACCCAGCAACCUUCUCCAUCUCAUACUUCGGGCUGCCGGUCGGGUCAGUGAGUGUGUUGGACACAGACUACACCAGCACGGCCUGCGUGUACCAGUGUCAGCAGGCUACACCCACACACAAGGUGGAGGGGGUGUAUGUGUACGCCAGGGACCUGAGAGACGCAGCCACCGCCCGCAGACGCUGCAAGAAGGUCUUCGCCUCGCAGGGACUGGACGUGGCCAGCAUCGUCCCUUCUCCUCAUCCCUACCACACCUGUGCUGCGGCCGCUCUCUAGUGGCCGCCAGGUGAACCACGGCCCCCUGGCCUACUGUAUCCUACAGUGGGGCUGCUCUAGCAUAUACUGUAUCCUACAGUGGGGCUGCUCUAGCCUAUACUGUAUCCUACAGUGGGGCUGCUCUAGCCUAUACUGUAUCCUACAGUGGGGCUGCUCUAGCCUAUACUGUAUCCUACAGUGGGGCGGCUCUAGCCUAUACUGUAUCACAGUGUAGGUCCCCCCCCCCCCUAGCCUACUGAAUCCCAGUGUAGGGUCCCCCCUAGCCUACUGUAUCCCAGUAUAGGGCCCCCCCUAGCCUACUGAACCCCAGAGUGGGCCCUCUGGUAUACCGUACCCCAGAGUGGGCUCUCUGGUAUACCGUGCCCCAGAGUGGGCCCUCUGGUAUACCGUGCCCCAAAGUGGGCCCUCUGGUAUACCGUACCCCAUAGUGGGCCCUCUGGUAUACCGUACCCCAUAGUGGGCCCUCUGGUAUACCGUGCCCCAGAGUGGGCCCUCUGGUAUACCGUACCCCAGAGUGGGCCCUCUGGUAUACCGUGCCCCAGAGUGGGCCCUCUGGUAUACCGUACCCCAUAGUGGGCCCUCUGGUAUACCGUGCCCCAUAGUGGGCCCUCUAGUAUACCAUAUACACCGUCAGGCGUAUAUGGGAAGCUCAGUACUGUACACAGCUCAUGAUAGCCACAGGACAGAUGACUAAUAUAAGCCCGCCAUUUCAAACUGGUCUUUAAGUGUUUGUGUUAUGUGUGCUAGGUAUAUACAUGUGCGAGUAUACAUACAUAGUACAUGUAUAUGAUGGACUUACAAGUAAAACAGAUGUAAAGAACCAGAUAGACUUCUAACAAGGUACUGGGAAGCACCAAGUAGGCCACCUCAAAAUGGAAGGCCCCGCGCCCCCUCAGUCAGGGAGCCUCAGCCGGAUAUUCAACAUUUUAUCUACUAUAUAUAAUUUAGAUAUUUAUUUUUACAUAUUAUAUAAAUAAAAAUGCUACAAUUUUA